GUUUUUAUGUGUGGUUUUCACGAAAAGAAAAAAAACGUGUUUUUUUAUUUCUUUAGAUAUUCUUGUGAGUUCCUUCGAAUGUUCGCAUUGUGGACAUACGAAUCGUGAAGUUCAAAGCGGCUUAUCUUUAGCAGAAUCUGGUGGAUGUCGCUACGUUUUGAAAAUUAAAGAAACAAAGGAUUUAGAUCGACAAAUUAUUAAGGGAUGUCAUGGAUCACUUUUUUUACCUGAUAUUGAUUUGGAAAUUCCUACUUGUACACAAAAAGGUGUAUGUACUACUCUAGAAGGGAUUCUCCAAGAAACAGUAAAUGGGUUACGAAGGGCGUUGGAAAAUCCGGAACUGAGUUCUUCCCAUGAAUCUAUUAAUAACGUAUUAGAAAAAGUCAUUUGUUUUUCUUCACGCGAAUUUUUUCCUUUUACAGUCAUUUUAGAAGAUCCAUCGGGACAAAGUUAUAUAGAAUCCUAUUCUACGGAUGUUUGUAAAUUGGACGAGAAUUUAGAGCUGACCCAUUUUCAACCGACUAAAGAGCAAUUGAAUGCGAUGGGGUUUUAUGAAACUCAGGAGACGAAGCAAGAAACAUUUUCAAAAUCUCUUGACACUGUGCAACAUCCUAUUCAUCAAAUUACCCAACUGGAUUUAGAGCACCUUCCAAAACAAAUUCAAAUGGAAGGAUGGGAUUUAUCUAAAAGUGUUGAAGAAAACAUACAGACGUUUUCACGUUCAGGGACGGCUGAAAACAAUGAUGGCGCAGAUGAUACAAAAAUGGCUGUUCAUUUUUCUGUAGACUGUCCGCACUGCGGUCACCUAGGUCAUAAUGAUAUGUGUGAAAUAACAAUACCAGGUUUUCGAAAAUGUAUUAUCAUGGCUUUUGUUUGCGAUUCUUGUGGAAGUCGAAGCAACGAAGUUAAGCCAACAGGAGCAUAUAGCGACAAGGGUCGAAAGUGGACGCUUUACGUAAAUUCACAAGAGGAUUUAAAUCGUGAUAUUUUAAAGUCGCAUACUGCUUCCAUAAGUUUACCUAGUAUUGAUUUUGAAAUGUUAAUGGGAAGUUUAGGUGGAGUUUUUACCACAUUAGAAGGCCUUCUUUUGAAAAUUAGGGAUAAUUUAACCCAACAAUGUGCUAUGUUUUUGGGAGAUUCCGCAAGUAUCGAUCGAAAAGACGCUUACGACAAACUUAUGGAUCAACUUUUAAAGUUCGCCACAGAACCACAUCUGUAUCCUUUCACAUUUAUCAUGGACGAUGCAGCUGAUUUUAGCAUGAUUGGCCCUAAAGAUUCUUUGCACAAAUUGCCUUCUUCUACUAUUAUGGAGGGAGGUCAUGAAGAUAUCUUUCAAAAUGACGAGAAUUUGAAAUUUGAGUAUUACGAAAGGUCGCAAGAGCAAAAUGACGAUUUAGGAAUUAGUGAUAUGGUCGUUGAAAAUUAUGAAGAAUCAUUAAAAGAAAACAGUGAAAAUGUCGUAUGAGUGUACAACUCGUAAACAAAUAAGUCAAAAUAGAAUUAAAUUUAUUCAAAAAAAAAGAAUAAAAAUAUAACUUUAUAAGCAACAUAAGAAAAUUGUGUACUGGUUGUAUUAAUAUAACUCAAA